CAGAGUUUGACAAUAUAGAGUCUGUACGCUAAAGGAACGCGGUUAAUAGUCUCCCGUUGAUUCUGGAAGCACUUAUACUGGGUUCCUCCUCAGUCUUUCUUUUAUAUUACUAAACCUUGUGUGUGUUCCGCGAAUAUGAAGCGGUUUUGGAUUAUUGGCCUCGUGUGUAUGCUUCUAGCAUUUACAUCUGUCACGGCGGAGGACAACGAUGCUGAGGUCGAAGGGAUGGUUGAGGAGGACCUGGGUAAAAGCAGGGAUGGUUCCAGGACUGAUGAUGAGGUGGUCCAGAGGGAGGAAGAAGCUAUCCAGCUGGAUGGAUUGAAUGCAGCUCAAAUAAAGGAAAUGCGGGACAAGUCUGAGAAACAUGCCUUCCAGGCUGAAGUGAACAGGAUGAUGAAGUUGAUCAUUAAUUCCCUCUACAAGAACAAGGAGAUCUUCCUCCGAGAGCUUAUCUCCAAUGCUUCUGAUGCCCUGGACAAAAUUCGGCUGCUGUCUCUCACUGAUGAGACUGCGCUUGCUGCCAACGAAGAACUGACAAUCAAAAUCAAGUCUGAUAAGGAGAAGAACAUGCUCCAUGUCAUGGAUACAGGCAUUGGCAUGACCAAAGAAGAGCUAGUGAAGAAUCUGGGGACCAUUGCCAAGUCUGGAACCAGUGAGUUUCUGAACAAGAUGACAGAGAUGCAGAUGGAGGGCCAGUCCACUUCAGAACUCAUUGGCCAGUUUGGUGUGGGUUUUUACUCUGCCUUCCUGGUGGCUGACAAAGUCAUUGUCACAUCCAAACACAACAAUGGCACCCAGCAUAUUUGGGAAUCUGACUCCAAUGAGUUCUCGGUUAUUGAAGACCCUCGUGGGGAUACCUUGGGGCGAGGCACAACCAUCACGUUGGUCUUGAAGGAGGAGGCAUCAGACUACCUUGAACUUGACACAAUCAAAAACCUGGUGAAGAAGUACUCUCAGUUCAUUAAUUUCCCAAUUUAUGUAUGGAGCAGCAAGACUGAAACAGUGGAGGAACCUAUUGAGGAAGAUGAAGCUGAUGCAGAGAAAAAAGAUGCCACUGAAGAUGAGGCUGAAGUGGAGGAAGAGGAAGAAGGCAAGGAUAAACCCAAAACCAAAAAGGUGGAGAAGACUGUGUGGGACUGGGAGUUGAUGAAUGACAUCAAGCCAAUCUGGCAGAGACCUGCUAAGGAAGUGGAGGAAGAUGAAUACAAAGCAUUCUACAAGACCUUCUCACGUGACUCGGAAGACCCAAUGUCUCACAUUCACUUCACGGCCGAAGGAGAAGUCACCUUUAAGUCCAUUCUCUUUGUUCCGGCUGCAGCACCCCGUGGUCUUUUUGAUGAGUACGGUUCAAAGAAGAAUGACUUCAUCAAGCUAUUUGUCCGUAGAGUUUUCAUCACAGAUGACUUCCAUGAUAUGAUGCCAAAAUACCUGAACUUCAUCAAGGGAGUGGUUGACUCUGAUGACCUUCCUUUGAAUGUGUCCAGAGAGACCUUGCAGCAACACAAGCUGCUGAAAGUCAUCCGCAAGAAACUGGUGCGCAAAACUCUGGACAUGAUCAAGAAGAUAGCAGAGGAGCAGUACAAUGAAAAGUUCUGGAAGGAGUUUGGUACAAACAUCAAGCUGGGUGUCAUUGAGGACCACUCCAACAGGACUCGCCUUGCCAAGCUUCUUCGAUUCCAGACCUCUCACAGUGACACUGACCUCUCUAGCCUUGAGCAGUAUGUGGAGAGGAUGAAGGAGAAGCAAGACAAGAUCUAUUUCAUGGCUGGGACCAACAGGAAAGAGGCUGAGUCUUCUCCUUUUGUGGAGAAGCUGCUGAAGAAGGGCUAUGAGGUGAUCUACUUGACAGAGCCUGUAGAUGAAUACUGUAUUCAGGCCCUCCCUGAGUUUGAUGGCAAACGCUUCCAGAAUGUGGCUAAAGAGGGACUGAAGUUUGAUGAAAGUGAAAAGGCUAAGGAGAAAAGGGAGGCCCUGGAAAAGGAGUAUGAACCCCUUACCACCUGGUUGAAGGACAAGGCCCUGAAAGACAAGAUAGAAAAGGCUAUCCUUUCCCAGAGGCUAACAAAGUCUCCUUGUGCCCUUGUGGCUAGCCAGUAUGGCUGGUCUGGAAAUAUGGAAAGGAUUAUGAAGGCACAAGCCUACCAGACUGGAAAAGACAUCUCUACAAACUACUAUGCAAGCCAGAAGAAAACCUUGGAAGUCAACCCUAAACAUCCCCUUAUCAGAGAGAUAUUGAAGCGUGUCAAUAACGAUGCUGAGGAUCAGACAGCUGCAGACUUGGCUGUGGUGCUGUUUGAGACUGCUACUCUGCGGUCAGGGUACCAGCUCACUGACACCAAGGCCUAUGGUGACAGGAUAGAGCGUAUGCUGCGGCUCAGUAUGAAUGUGGACCUCGACGAACAGGUGGAGGAGGAGCCAGAUGAAGAGCCUGAAGAAGCUGCUGAGGAAGAAGAGGCUGAGGAUGAAGAGGAAGUUAAAGCUGAAGAAGAAGAAACGGCUUCAACAGAGAAGGAUGAGUUGUAAAGCACUGUACAAGGAAGGGCAAGGGCUUGAGUGGAAACAGAAGUCUUCAGAACAAUCAGGAGACUUGCAUUCUACAAGGGGAGGAGGGUUGGGGUGGGAGCACUUGGUUUUGGGGGGUUUAUAAGAGGGGUUUUUUUUACAUUCCUUGUGAUUGUAAAUUUGUUAAUAUUUAACUGACAUGUCUAAUGAUGUCAUCCUGUCAUGUGAACCAUUAAAUGUUUCCAGAAAGGGA